AUGCAGCCCGCGGGCCUCGAGGGCCCCCACACGCUCGGCCGGCGGCCUCUGCUGCGUCUGCUGCUCCUGCUGCUGCUGUCUCAGCCCGUAACCCGGGCCCAGACCACACCCGGCGUCCCUGGCGCCCCGACCACGCCGGGCACCCCCAGGGCCCAGAGCUUGCAGGGGCACGUGCGGGCCCUGAUGCGGGCCUUCCCGUUGGUGGACGGCCACAACGACUGGCCCCUGAUCCUGAGACAGCUUUUCCAGAACAAGCUACAGGAUGUUAACCUGCGCAAUUUCAGCCAUGGCCAGACCAGCCUGGACAGGCUUAGAGAUGGCCUCGUGGGCGCCCAGUUCUGGUCGGCCUACGUCCCAUGCCAGGCCCAGGACCGGGAUGCCGUGCGCCUCACCCUGGAGCAGAUCGACCUCAUUCGCCGCAUGUGUGCCUCCUACUCUGAGCUGGAGCUUGUGACCUCAGCUGAAGGUCUGAACAGCACUCAAAAGCUGGCCUGCCUCAUUGGCGUCGAGGGUGGUCACACGCUGGACAGCAGCCUCUCUGUGCUGCGCAGUUUCUAUCUGCUGGGAGUGCGCUACCUGAUGCUUGCCCACACCUGCAGCACGCCCUGGGCAGAGAGUUCCACCAAGUUCAGACACCACUUCUACACCAACGUCAGCGGAUUGACAAGCUUUGGUGAGAAGGUGGUGGAGGAAAUGAAUCGCCUGGGCAUGAUGAUAGACUUGUCUUAUGCAUCGGACACCUUGGUGAGGCGGGCCUUGGAAGUGUCGCAGGCUCCAGUGAUCUUCUCCCAUUCAGCUGCCAGGGCUGUGUGCGACACUUUGCUGAAUGUUCCUGAUGACAUCCUGCAGCUUCUGAAGAAGAAUGGUGGCAUCGUGAUGGUGACGCUGUCCAUGGGGGUGCUGCAGUGCGAACUGCUUGCUAAUGUGUCCACCGUGGCAGAUCACUUUGACCACAUCAGGGCAGUCAUUGGAUCUGAGUUCAUUGGGAUUGGUGGAAAUUAUGACGGAUCUGGCCGGUUCCCUCAAGGCCUGGAGGACGUGUCCACGUACCCGGUACUGAUAGAAGAGUUGCUGAGUCGUGGGUGGAGUGAUGAAGAGCUUCAAGGCGUCCUUCGAGGAAACCUACUGCGGGUCUUCAGACGAGUGGAACAGGUGAGAGAGGAAAACAGUGGGCAGAGCCCUGUGGAGGCUGAGCUUCCAAACAGGCAUCAGAGCACGUCCUGCCACUCCCAGCUUCUGUCUCAGCCUCAGAAUGGACACCUGGCCACACACCUGGAUUCGACCAAGUGGCCAGCCAGUCGGGUCCUCCAGAGCUCCUCAAAAGCCUCCCCAUACCUUGUUCUAGGCCCUGUGGCUGCUGCCACCUUCCCAAUCCUCAUCCAAUGACUCUGGCGACUUGGCCAACCCCCCUAGAGGUCCCUGUGGCAAAGUUCCACAAAGUCCCCUUCCUAG